AUGGACGAACCGAUGGACAUUGAUGGGAAUCGGCCAUCAUCGUCAGCUUCAACGAGCGGGCCAAAGAAUGAGGACGAUUCGAAUGAGAAGCGGAUUCGACGCUCGACCCGCGAGAUUAAACGCCCUAAAUUCGAUGACGAAAUCGUCGAGAGCAUUCCGGAUAUAAAGAAACGCCUCAGCGCUGAACGAAUGCUUCACUCACCUCCAAUCUCUUCAUCUGAAUCUACACCGCAAAAUGUCUUUCCACCGGCAGAGAAAGAGCAGCCCGAAAAGAAAGAGGAAAAGGAGCCAGUGAAAGAAAAAGAAAAGGAAAAAGAGAAGGAAAAGGACAAGGACAAGGACAAGGACAAGGACAAGGAAAAGGACAAGGAAAAGGACAAACCAGAAGCGACGGCAAGCUCGAAAGCUGGUCUUCGUAAACGGAUCUCAAAAGCGGACAAAUUGGAAGAAGCAAAUCAGAAAGCCGCCGAAGAGGCUGUCGCUUUGGAACGACGAAAAAGAGAAGCGCGAAUUGCGAGCAAGGAUUUGAAAUCAAAAGAAUUGGUGGCAGCCAAUGAGCAUGUCGACUCGACGAUCACGCAAACGCUGAAGAAAUGGACGGCCGCUGAUGAUGUGAUGCUUCUAACAGCUGGAACACAUGUUUGCGAUUUGGCCGUUGUCUACGCGGGUAUCCGCUUCUCAAAGCCGUACAGUCUUUCCGAGAUUGAAGAACGAUGGUUUGAAUUGAUGUAUGAUAAGAAUCUCAGCAUACUGGCAAAUAAACGCUUUGCAGAUAUGAAACCCGAAGAGAUUUUGCGGAUUCAAGGUAAAACCAUUUUCUCGGUUGCUGAAGAGGAUCUUCUUGCAGGAAUGAGCGUUGGAAGAACGACUACACCGUCACUUGAGGAAUUCGAGCGUCUUCGCGUCGAGAAGCGAGAGAUUUUCCAUCCGGCUCGCACCGCGCAAAUCCUCUGCGACUACUAUCAACAACUGAAGAUGUACGCAAUGCUGGAGACGAGGGAACGCGAUCGGGAGAAAACGAUGGGAUUGGAUCGACUGGAAAACACGUUCAGUUUAGCCACCGAUGAGCCCGUUGAUGAGAUACUGUCCCGGGUGACCGCGCAGGUGAUCAACGCGGAAGCAACCGUGAGAAACUGGACGAAAGUUACAGCUCUUCCCGUGACGGGAAUCGUUCGACCGGAUCGCUUUGAAUCGGGCGUGUUCGCGCGUCUUCACGGCCGCGUCACUCGCUACAAUAUAAAGUCGGAAAAAGUGGUCAUUGGAAGAAGUACAGCGGAUUCAUCGGCGGACGUGAACUUGGCGCUAGAGGGACCGGCGUUGAAAAUCUCGAGGAAACAGGCAAUCAUGGAACGCCGCGCGAAUGAUGGCUGGUGGUUGCAGUGUGUCGGCCAACGCCCAAUGCUCGUCGACUCGCGCGCUCUGAUGCCCGGUGAAUCGACGAAAUUGUACGAUGGCGCGUAUAUUGAGAUCGCUUUCCUCCGUCUGCGAUUCUGUUGUGCUCCAAUGUCCGGUGGUCAAUCUCAGCCAGCAUCGGCUUCGUCAUCAAUGAGCACUCCGCACACUGCCGCGAUGCCCUUGGGAGGGACUGGAAUGAGCGGAAGUGGAAGUGGAAGUGCCAGUGGACGG